CAAAUCAUAUCCAUCCAUCCAUCCAUCUACUAUAUAGUAUAUAUAUAUAUAUAUAUAAUAAUAUACCAUUACAUUACAUAAAUCACACAGUAAUAAUUAUUACCUCUCCUCAUUCCUGUAUCAGAUUCAGAAGCAUCGAUCUCCGAAUUGCAGGUCCUCCUUGUUCAGGUUAGUAUGAACACCUUAAACCAGUCCAUGAUCGGCGGCGGCGGCGGCGGCGGCGGCGGCCGCCCAGUGUUCGCAUCGGGAGAGUCUGAUGCAAGGCUUGCUGAUGGACUGCAAUCAUGCUUGAAGGCAGCCCAACAGCAGAGCAGUACUCUGACAUUUAAAAGUGCUGCAAAUCAUUCCUCAAGAACUCGGGCGCGAAAGGAAGAGCCACUGGCGUGCGUGGAAACCGAUAUUGCUGCUAUUAUCGAGGACCAGAGAUGGAAUUCUCGCAAGCACGACGAGACUGGCGCCAGAAUCGACGAGAUGCGAUUCGACUCAGCCCGUCUGCUCUGCAGCGGUGAAGUCAGAGAUAGUCUCGGAUCAGGACAUAAAGCAACAGUGAGCGAUGUCGUGGAGUUCCAGCCUCUAACUCCUCUGAGCUUCUUGCAUAAUUCGCUGCUUCUCGAGGAGAAGUUGAGUACCAGUUCAAGAGACGAGAGCACUCGUGACGACGACGACAACGACGACAGAUGUAACUCCGUGCCUGCCAGUGUUCGUCUAUUCGUGGCUGUUUCUUCUGCCGUGAAGCUGGACGCAAAACAGCUGCGUCUCAUUGCCAAGAAGAUGCAGAGGAUCACCGGAUUCCCCAGCGUGAGGAUCCAAAAUACGGUGGAUCCUUCCUUAAUCGCGGGCUUUGUUGUGAGCUACGGAAAUGACGAGUCGCACGUCAUAGAUCUUAGUGUGAAAGGCCAAUUGGCGGUGCUGGCCGCUCGUGCUGAAUCUCUCGAUCGGACUGCCAUCCUCAACUGCCAUCAGGAGAGCUAGCUACCUAGCAGGAAUCACAAGCAAUGGUACAAGCGCAGAUAAAUCAUCGAUUGACUGACGGUCUUCUGCUGACCGUAAAAACUAAUAUUUGCUCACUCCCGAGUGGGUGAAAGUAUUUUUCCCCUGUAUAUGUGCCACUCUAUUAUACGAUUACUGCAACCGACAGUUUUCUAUCUCACUUUGCAAAUUAAGAGAUGUACAGUUAUAUUCUGGCCGUAUGUAAAAGAGUUGCAUGUUUUCUAUUCUACCAGUAGCCCUAUGUUUGCCACGGUUCGCGAGAUGAAAUAACAGAGUCUUGGAUGGAGUAAA